AAUUCAAUUUCGAGAUUGAUGAUGUGGUCAUUCUUCAGUUGUUUAAAUUAAUCACUCACGUUCGUAAACAUCUCAAAUAUCUUUCCUUUCAAAUCGAUAAAACUAUACACGUAUUUAAUAGUUUGUUCCAUGGUCUUGAAAAAUUUUGGUCAAAUCUUACCAGAUACUUGAAAUAUUUAGAAUUAAGAAUUGUAUUUGAUCCAAUAAACUUGGAAUCUUUUGGAUAA